AAGCCAUUUAAUGAGGUAUCGAUUUGUCUGCAGCUCCACAGUGCGUCUGUGAUCCGACAGAUUAAGUUAUGUAAAACCAGAGAAAGACCAUCGCAUUGCUGCAGCAAUGACUCGCUUAAUAUCGGACAAAUCAUUUGAAGUAUAAGAUACACCACCGAAGGAACUACAUCUAUAGCAUUUUGUUCUUAACUCAGCUCAACACGUGAACUGUCAGCGACUUCAUUCAGAUUUUGGAGCCAGUGAGGAGAACACCGCAAUAAGGGCAACGUAUUUACACCUACCAGGCUGGAAAAUGGAGAAAAGAAAAAAAGGUUCUGGAUUGGAGCUGAGGCUUCUCGUGGUGGGCAGCAGUGGGCCGUCGCAGUUCCAGCUCACCAAUGCCAUUCUGGGACGGGAGGAAUUCUUGAAGGACACCAACAGCCUUUCCAGCAGCAGAAAGAACAUCGGGGAGCUUGCUGGGAGAAGAAUCGCAGUUAUCAAUGCGCCCAACAUCUACGACAAAGAUAUAUCGCAGGCGAAGAGGAAGAUGGAGGUCAGGAGGUCCAAGUGUUUGUCCAUCCCUGGGCCCCAUCUCUUCCUGGUGGCCUUUGACAUCGAGAAAAUCUCCCCAAACGACAUCAAGACUCCGAAGCUGAUGAUGAAGCGUUUUGGGAGGCACUGCCUGCGACACUGCAUCGUCCUCCUGGCUUAUGAAGGAAACCUGGAUGGACCUUUGGUGGAGAACAGAGUGAAGAAAACCGACUGGCACCUGAGAGAUUUAAUCGAGAAGUUCGGGGGGCGCUUUCAUGUUUUCAGCAAGAACUGGAGAGAUCGAAGUCGGGACCGGGAGCUGCGUCAGAAGAUUGAGCUGAUGGUGGCCUCCUUGGGGGGAGGCUGCUUCUCCAGCAGCACCUUCCAAAAGGCUGAGGACAGUGUGCGGAAGGAGGAGAAGAGGCUGCGGAAGCUGAAGUCUGGAGAGCAUGAGAAGACCUGGAACGACCUGGAGCAGCAGUAUAUUGCAGAAGAACUGUAUCGGCAGCAAGACGCCUACGCCGCCAGCUCCAGCGCGGAGAUCCGGGCCAGAGCAGAGAUGGACAACGAAUGGCUGCGGACAUCCCUCGCUAGAGGACUCGGAACGGGUAUUUUUGUGGGGGCUGUCAUGGGGGCGCUGUUUGGUGCUAUAGAGGGACCAGUGGGGAUGGUUCUUUACGGCAUCAUAGGAGGGGCUGUGGGCGGCUCUGCGGGGGGAACAGCUCAGGUGGCUAUAAAACACAUGGACGACAGAGUGGCUCCAACCGCGAGACUCAACUUCAACUCUAUCUUCAUCAAUCGCUUCUUUGCAGCUCCUCGUGCUUGACCAG